UUAUUAGGGCUCCGAGUCACGCAGCCUCCGUUUUCCGAUGGACCGAUGGAUGGGGAGAGAGGCGGGAAGGUAUAAAGAAGAGAAGAGAGAGCCACUUCGCCCUCCAAAGCCUACCCAUAGUUUGACCCUCCGUAGAAUACAUCGGGGAUUAGGGCCCGGAAGUGGGGGGUUUUAGGAGGAGAAAGCGAGGAUGCCGAUGGACGCGGCGGUGUUGGAUGAUGUCAUAGGGCGGCUUCUGGUGGCCAAGGGGGUGCAGGCGGCCAAGAGCGCGCGGGUGACGGAUGCGGAGAUCCGGCAGCUCUGCGUCGCGUCGAAGGAGAUCUUUGUCAGGCAGCCCAAUCUGCUGGAGCUCGAGGCCCCCAUCAAGAUUUGCGGAGAUAUUCAUGGUCAGUACACUGAUCUUCUUCGGCUUUUUGAAUAUGGUGGAUACCCACCGCAUGCAAAUUAUUUGUUCCUUGGGGACUAUGUUGAUCGUGGUAAGCAGAGCAUAGAAACUAUAUGCCUGCUCCUUGCAUACAAGAUUAAGUACCCAGAGAACUUCUUCCUUCUAAGGGGUAACCAUGAAUGUGCUUCCAUUAAUCGUAUAUAUGGUUUUUAUGAUGAGUGCAAGAGGAGAUACAACGUUCGCCUAUGGAAAGUCUUUACUGAUUGUUUUAACUGCCUCCCGGUUGCGGCACUUAUUGAUGAAAAGAUACUCUGUAUGCAUGGGGGUCUAUCUCCUGAAUUGAAGAGCUUGGACCAGAUUCGAAAUAUUGCUCGUCCGCUGGAUGUUCCAGAUCAAGGUCUGCUCUGUGACUUGCUAUGGUCAGACCCUGACAAAGAUAUUGAUGGCUGGGGAGAGAAUGAUAGAGGUGUCUCUUAUACUUUCGGGCCAGACAAAGUAGCUGAGUUUCUUCGGAAGCAUGAUCUAGAUCUCAUCUGCCGUGCCCACCAGGUUGUGGAAGAUGGCUAUGAAUUCUUUGCAAAGCGCCAGCUGGUGACAAUAUUCUCUGCCCCAAACUAUUGUGGGGAGUUUGAUAACGCUGGUGCUAUGAUGAGUGUAGAUGACACUUUGACAUGCUCGUUUCAAAUUCUUAAACCAGCUGAUAAGAAGAAGGGAUUCGGAAAUAAUUUGUUAAAACCAGGAACACCUCCUAGAAAGGGAUAUGUGGUCAUAUGAGGUGGGUUCUACAUUUGGGACCUCGAGAAGCUUGCUGAAUGGCAAUCAAAUUUCCGGGACUGCACGGUGCUCCAGGAGUGCGAAUUUAAGAGAGAAUCUGACACGCUAAAAGACCAAUCCAACUUUGCCCCGAUGCCAAAUGUGUGAAGUAAAUUUAGCCAGAGGUUACAAUGUGAUGUUUAGUGGCCUUGUAUAUCUCCAUCCCAACUUGUCCGUGGUCCUUGAAAGGUGUUUGUUUCCUGUUGAAAUUUUAGGUCAUUUUCCUGUUGGAGUCUUUAAAUCUUGGAUUUAUCUACCUUUUCCCUUUACUGAAUAGAUGUUGCUAAACCUAAUUGAACAUUAAAUGCUUGUUUCUUUAUGUAAUUUUUGAAAAAGAUCCAGUGAAAUAAUGUUU